CCCAGUGCUCUGUCAUAUGACAGGAAAAACACACAGAAAACAACAGAGAGGAGCACAGAAAGCGGGUUUAGAUAUAACUGUUGAAGCUAUAAAGGAGGUAUAAAAUGCCGAUGUUGUGCGGAGGGACCACCGAGGAGAAGGAGGCGAAUGAGGAGGUUCAGAAGAUCUGUGAUGAGAUGAAAACUCAUGCAGAGCAGAAGGCAGGUAAAACAUUUGAUGUUUUUAGUGCCAGAUCCUAUAAGACGCAGCUUGUAGCAGGAACAAACUAUUUUGUCAAGGUACAUGUCGGUGGUGAAGAGUUUGUGCACCUGCGUGUUUAUAAGAUGCUGCCUCAUUAUGGUGGGAAACUUGAGCUGACCAGCAUGCAGUCAUCUAAAGCCCACCAUGAUCCUAUUGAGUACUUCUAAACUCAUUUACAUGAAGAAAAUCUACUAACACAUUAACAUGGACAGUGUCAAAAGGAGUCUUAAUGUGCUGUACUGUUACAAGAUUAUAUAGAAAGAGUGUGUAGCAAUCUGGAUGUGUUAAAAUGUUUACGUAUGUAAUAGGAGGGACACUACUCAAUAUGGUUUGUUUUUACAUGCUUUACAGAUGGACAACGAAUGACUGGAAAUGAUUUAAAUGAACAAAUAGACAUUAUUAUUAUCCAUGUAUUUGCUGUGGCCUUUACAUACACUGUGCUCGUUAAAGUUAUUAAAGGGACAACAGACAUCUAAAAUAUACAUUCAAUGACCCAUGUUUAUCAGAGUACUUGGAGUAAGAGUACUGUUCAAUGAUCAGUUAAAGUUUUCUAUUCUAAAGAAUUCUAUUAGACAGCUCAUGAGAGAUGAUCUCAAAUCAGUCAUUUUACUCCACAAUGCUUGAUAAAUCAGGCCCAAUAUACAGAAACAUAUAUGUGUUUAUUAUGAAAACUGUAGUUCUUUCAGUACAAUUACUAUGAAAAUAAAAACAAAGACUUCAGUGUAUGCAUUAAAUACUGUAUAGAAUACA